AUGUAUAAAAUAACACCUCCUUCUCAGCGAACCCAUAAGGGUCCUAAAUUACAAUAGAGUCCAAUCAGCCAAUUGUAAAAUAAUGAAACUCUAACCGAUGACAUCUUGUAGAGCUCUUCUGAACAAUAUCGAGAACAAUUAGAAUAGAUGCUGGAUCUCAAACCAAGUAUAAGGGAUUACAAAUAAAAUUACAACAACCACAAACCUGAUUUGUGGAAUACAAUACAACAAAUCGAGAAAAGAAUGCAAGAAUAGGAGCAGAACUUAUAAAAAGUCAACAACGAAUAACAGGAAGAAAUUAAUAAAUUAAAAAGUGAAAUAAAAUAACAGAAGCAAUAAUACGAGCAAGAAAUUGAAGAAAUUAAGUAUUCAUCAAGAAUCUAAAGCUAAAAACCAUAACCUUCUUAUAAUUCUCACACUCCCAAAAAUAAUCGCGAGUACAGUUAUAGAAGCGUAAGCAAUAAUAAUAUUGAAGAAAUGCAAGAGAAAGUUUACUUAUAAUAAUUGGUUCAGGAUUUGAGAUAACAGAUAUUGGCACUACAACAAAAAAACUACUUCACUCCUAUUCAAAACACUGAUAAUAUUUGGGAAUAAAAGUAUAGAUAAUUAGAAAAAUAAAAAGAAACUGAAUUGGCUAUGAAGGAUCAACAUCAUAUAGAACGUAUAAGUAAUUUAGAAACAUAAUUACUAAAUCAAAAAUAAUCAUACGAAAAUGAGUUAUUUGCUCUCAGGAAGAUCUUGGAUGAAAAAAGUAAAGAAGACUCACUGCUUAGAAAUCAAAAUUAAUAAUUGCAAAAGGAUUUAAAUUCUUACAUCAAUUAAUUUAAUUUACUGUCGCAACAGAUUUAGUAAUAGAAUCAAUAAAUUUAGCAAUAUUAAAUAUAGAUAUAAUAAUUAUCUAAUCAAUUACAAUAACAAUAACCGAUGAAUUAUUAACAUUAGAAUCAGUAAUUAUUAGAAUUGGCCAAUCAACUUCAAGCUUUAACACACCUUUUGGAAAAGAAGAAUCAAGAAUGCGAAUAUUAUAAAUAGAAAUCAUUAUAAAAUUUGUAACCAUUAUAGCAGAAUCAAUAAAUAAUUACGUAUCGUCAAGCUCUAACUCCUACAAGAUAAAAUACUGUCCAAAAAGCAUCUGAUUCAAUUGUCUUUCCUACUUUAACUAAGCAAUAAAUUUUAUAGCAAUUUUAAUGA